ACACAGAUCCAACCUCCGGCAACCACUAUUUUUGACACGUGGCAAAUCAUUUAAUUCAUCUUACUCCGACAACCUCAACCACCAACCGGCGCUGCCUAACUCGCUGUCAACUAUUUGGAAUAGUCCGUCAAAGUUUUUGUCCGUCAACUUUGACUGUGUUUUCCGGCCAACUCCGAAUACCCCUCGAUGAGUGGUUGGUACCUUUGGAAACAGCGUGGAGAGAGGAACAAAACCCACUAAGUCAUUCCGGUCAACUCGUCGUUUUUCUCCGGCGAGAUUUUGGGUAUCUCCGCUACUUUCCGGCAACGUUCCGGCGAGUCUGAACACUUUUUGGAACGAUGGUUCACAUGAAUGUGAUCUACUCGCUGAUGUGGUCAUUUUGAUAUAUGCCACGCCUACCUUCAUUGAUGUUUUCGAUACACCGCUCACUACCUCCACCAACUGCUAUUGUGCACUGCUUGGGAAAAUCGUGAUAUUAAAAUUGGACUAAAACAUUGUAGGAUCAUCGUUAAGCUUAGCAGCGUCGCUUUUGGCUCGGAUUGAAAAUUCUAAGGAGUGAUUCUCAGAAAACAAACAUCCAUAGUGAGCGCAUUUGCAUGGAUCGCAAGCUAUUCCAAGCUGCAACUGAUGGUGAAACUGAAGUCUUUAGGGAAAAGGUCAGUGAACUCCAACUAUUAUUGACCCCAGACAGAAAUACAGUGCUCCAUGUCCAUAUCAUCACUACUUCAAGAGCCACUAAUCAAACAACCUUCGUGGAAGGGAUCCUGGACUUGUGUCCAGCACUGUUGAUGCAAACUAAUGCAAGAGAAGAGACUCCCUUACUCAUGGCAGCAAGGUAUGGCCAUCACCACAUUGUUGAUUUUCUAAUUGAACGUGCAAAAUUAUCCCAACCACAGGACCUUGAAGAGGACAUCUCUAGUGUCCAAACGAUGAUAAGGAUGAAGAAUGAGGAAGAGGACACUGCGUUGCACGAGGCUGCGCGGUUCGGGCAUCUUGAGGUUGUGCAGAUAUUGACAAGACAAGACCCUCAUUUCUCGUAUUCGACUAAUAAAGCAGGCGAGACUCCACUCUACAUAGCCGUCCAGUGCCGACACCAAGAUUUGGUUAAGGAAAUACUAAAUAAUUGUUCAUCACCAGCUACCAGUGGCCCUAAUGGCAGAACUGCACUGCAUGCAGCUUCUACAAAUAUAGGAAUAACAAAAAUGCUUUUGGACAAAGUAGAUUAUCUGACAAAACAAGCAGAUGAUGAUGGUUUUAUUCCACUGCACUAUGUUGCUUGCUUUGACUCAUCAAAUGUGGUGGAGAUUACAAAAAUGUUGCUAGAAAAUAAUGAAAGUAGUGCAUACAUCAAAAAUAAGAAAGGCAUGACAGCGCUUCACAUUGCAGCUUACAAUGAGUGUUAUGGUGAUAAGAUAAUGAAGGAAAUUCUGGCAAGUUGUCCAGAUAGCUACGAACAAGUUGACAAUGAAGGCAGAAAUGUUCUACACCAUGCUGUGUCGACUACAUGUCUCUCCAACGUAAACUUCAUCUUAGAACAUGCAUCAUUAAUAGGUGGCCAUUAA